CCCCCCCGGAGCGGCCAGACAGGCUGAGGGGGGGAUGCGAUGUUAGGAUGGCAGUGCUAAUAGUAGUACCUAACGGGACAUGCGGACCGGCUGAUUUUAUCUUCUAAUUCAACAACAGAAACGGGUGAUGUAAACGCCCAGAACGGCGGCGUCCGGCUUGGGAGUUUUCUAGGCUGUGAGGAUGUAGGGGUGCUUCCGAUGUGGGUCAGCCCAUCACAUUCGGGAAGCGACGUCGUGCGCGGUCCUGAAGCGUCGCCAUGCCACUGGUCAAGAGGAACAUCGAGCCGCGCCACCUGUGCCGCGGGGAGCUCCCCGACGCCAUCGGCAGCGAGCUGGAGUGUGAUGAACAACACGCUCUCCGCCAUCAUCCGCCAGCUCAGCAGCCUGAGCAAACAUGCAGAGGACAUCUUUGGUGAGCUGUUCAACGAGGCCAACACCUUCUACCUGCGCGCCAACUCUCUCCAGGACCGCAUCGACCGGCUGGCCGUCAAGGUCACGCAGCUGGACUCCACUGUGGAGGAAGUUUCCCUGCAAGACAUCAACAUGCGCAAAGCCUUCAAGAGCUCCACCACUCAGGACCAGCAGGUGGUGUCCAAAAGCAGCUUGCCCAACCCGGUGAAGGACAUGUACAACUUGAGUGACAAGCCACCACCACUCAGCAUCCUCUCUUCAUACAGGGACGACAAGAAGGAAGCUCUUAAGUUCUACACCGACCCCUCCUACUUCUUUGACCUGUGGAAAGAGAAGAUGCUGCAGGACACAGAAGACAAGAGGAAAGAGAAACGCAAGCAGAAGGAGCAGAAGCGCUGCGUGGACGGAACGUUGCAGAGGGAAGUGAAGAAAGUCCGGAAGGCGAGGAACCGCCGACAGGAGUGGAACAUGAUGGCGCUGGAUAAAGAGCUGAGGCCGGAUCACCGUCACACGAUACACAGAGACAGAGGGGCUUCCUCCGAGGGCUCCGUAUCUCCAGAGAACAGGGGUCACGGAGCCGACCUGCACCACUACCCCAACGCCAUGAACCACGCUGGCCACGCCCACACCUACUCGGGCCCGCCUCCCAGCGUCCUGGCAGCCCAGAUGGCGGCGGGCCACGGCCCUCGCGGAGGAGGCGACCACGACGGCAGGGGCAGGGUCGCGGCUUAUCAGGGCGGCACUCUUGGCCGCGCCCACCACCACCACCAGCAUCAACAGCAAGUCCCGCUGCCUCCCCCGCCCGUCGAGGCGAUGAAUGGCGGCUCCAUGUCCCUACCUCCAAUGGACUACAGUUUGGAUGGUUACGCCAACACGGGGCCUCCGCCCCCACCCCCGGCUCCUCUCAUCCCUUCCGCCCUGACGGCCUUCGCCUCGCCACCCGGAGGGCCCAUGUCUCCCGGCCCCGGCGGCUAUGCUCCGCCUCCGCCACCCAUAUGCGGCGGCGGGCCAGUCGCUCCGCCGCCUCCUGGGCCUCCUCCGGCAUCUCUCCAAGCCGGUGCCUCCCACGCCAUGGUGCACAAAAUGUCGUCGCCCGUGCCUGUGGAGAGCAGCAUGGUCAAUGAUGCCCGCAGUGACCUGCUGGCAGCCAUACGUAUGGGCAUCCAGCUGAAGAAGGUUCAGGAGCAGCAAGAGCAGCAGGCCAAGCGCGAGCCCGUCGGCAACGACGUGGCCACCAUCCUGUCGCGCCGCAUCGCCGUGGAGUACUCGGACUCCGAGGACGACUCCGAGCUGGAGGACAACGACUGGUCCGAUUGAAGCACACACACACACGCACACACACACAAAUACUGUAUAAGAUGAAGGGUCCACAAGCUGUAACCAAGCACUGUAAAGAAGUCAAUACUGUAUACUAUAACCAUGACCAUUUCCUGCUACCUUCACGUCUUGCUGGAUGCUUUUCAAGCACCAUGAGUGCCCCCGGUGUACCUGUUGUAAUGCUGCACUCACAUGUCAUGUAUAAUGUGAUGGAUAUGCCACAAGUGUUAGAUUCAACUGAAGACUUUCCUCUUGAGCUAAUCCCUUCCUUUUAUUUUAUUUUUUUUUUACUCAACAUUACGCUAUAGAUCAUCAGGUAGAGCAGGGGUGGGCAACCUAUGGCCAAAUGCGGCCCGUGCAGAGUGUUUGAGCUGAUCUGGACCAAGGAAUUGAAGGAAAUGGAGAGUGUCAGGAGUGGAGUUAUUGCAUCUGUGCAGUCUCACCAGUAGAGGGCGCCUAUGAGUCUCUUAAAAGACUUGGUUCAACUCUGACCUUGUUGAGGUGAGUUCGUACAGUUUCCGGUGUUCUCGCAAAUUAUCAAACUUUGACCCCCGCCCAAAAAAAAAAAAUCAUUCCUCAGGUAAUGAAUUUUGAGCCUAAAUUGGCCCCUUCAAACUAAAAUUGCAGACUUCCUGUUUAUUUUCGCAAAUUGCUGCUUGACUUUUUUGUGGGUCUGCUCAUGAUUAGGUCAACCAAAUGUGUUAAGUGAAACUCUCCUGGGGGGCUGAAUAUUUUAACGUGAAAAUAUGGUCCAAAAACCUUGAACCCACAAAUGCGCAUAAAAUAAUAAACUAAACGGGUAUGCCCCACAGCCACAAUGACAAGUACUCAAAUUCCUCACAAUUCAGCGUCAUCCAUUUUUCUCCUGAAUGUGGUUGAGAAUUGGUCGCAAUUGCACAAAAUUUCCUCGUCAUUCGUCUUUGAUCAAACAUUUGUCAAAAUGACCCUAAAUUGGCCACUUCAAACCAAAACGGCAGACUUCUUGCGUCUUUUUCGGGAAUGAUUUCUCGAGACUGUUUUGUGGGUUUACUCAUGGUAGACAUGUCUACCAAAUUUCAUGUUAAAUGAAACCGUCUUCAGAGGCUGAAUUUGAAAUUGCAAAAUAUAGUCCAGUCGGUGUAGUUACGCUUUAAAGGAGCCCUGAAAAUGUUCACGGCGACUUUGAAAUGGCCGCAUGCAUGAGUACAUUUCGUUCACCGAAAUGGCUCCUAAUGGGGGGGAGAAACGUUGCCCAACCCUGCUGUUGAUAGUAAGUGGGAAGUAAAUGUGAUUAAAAAAAAGAAGAAGAAGAUGGAUGGUUGAGGCUGUGUCAUGUAUAUGGUCUCAUGUGACUUUUGUAAAAACCAGAGAUGAAUUAAAAAAAACAAACAAAAAAAAAACAUGAAUGGAGCACACCGGCUGGUGAGUCUCCUCACUGUCCUCUGGUGUCGUCACGUGUACUGUACCUGGCUCUCCUGUUUCUAUGGCGACAGGAGCAGAGUUGCCAUGGCAACCAGAUAGGGAGCAGGAGGGGGAAAUGAAGAAAACAGGCGAGGCGGGCGUGAUAUGCACUGCAUGUGUUAGUUUGCGUGUUGUUUUUCUUUUUUUUUUUUUUUUUAAUUAACUAACAAAGCAAUAAAAAGUACAACAAGAGUGCUUUGGGAAAAAUAGACAUCACACACUUCACACAAAUGUUGUAUUUUAUUUUAUUUUUUUUAAACAGUUAAAUUAGUGCAUGUUGAUUCUCAUUUUGCAGCUACUUCAAUUGUGCCAUCGUGAUCCCAACUCCCCCCCCUUCCCCUCCCCCAAGACAUUCACAGGCCCCCUUGAGUGUCGAGUUAGUUCGCUCAAACCACUUGGAGCCCCUCCUCGGCUACACAAUUACUUUCACUGAUUGUGUGACAGAUAAGCGUGACAGUCUUUUGCUAUUCUUAUAAAACAAAAGCCCUUUUCGCACCCUUUUUGACAAAUUCCAGUACCAGGGGGGCAAAAAAAAAUUUUUUUUUUAAGUGGUGCGACCCAAGUCCUUCCAUUCAGAGUGACUGCUUUGGUAGCACCAUGCACGGUGGUUAAGUCUCCCCAUUUGGAAAGCAUGCCGUAUUAUUUACACAACGUAGCCCGAGGGAAAAAAAACAAACGGUGUCACUACAUUCAGAAAAAAAAGGCUAUUACAGCGCUGUGAUAUCAUCGUACAACAUAAGGAAUUCAAGACGAAAAAAAAAUAGAACUUUUCAAUGAAUAUAACAAAAUAGACUUUUUUUUUUUGUUUUUGUGUUUGUUUGUUUUUUUUUUGUGUCAUUGUUGUGAUGUCAACAUAGACUGGGGCCACACCCCGAAAGUCCACCGAUAUCAUUUGGAAGUGGCCCCCUUGUUUAGCUCAUAAGAUCAUUCAAAGUUCACUUGACUUGACUUCCACCGAUUUAAUCGAUCAUCCUCUUUCACUUUGGCUUCAAGUAGCGUCGUUUUUUUUUUUUGUUUUGUUUUUUAGUCCCAUGAUGUCGUCGCGGCAGCAUGCGGUAGAGCGCAAAAAAAAAUUUUUUUUAAGGUGGUGGGGGAAUUUUUUCCAGACGGUCAAGGAAGACUGGCAAGCAGCGGCAUCCGCAAAAAAAAAAAAAA